CAAUAGGCUUCAGUUGUAGAAAUGGCAGCGCUGAGACAGGAGCAUCGGUAUGGGCUCUCCUGUGGCAAAAUCAACAAAAACAACCCCAAUCAAAGUCUGUACCACGUCAAACUCACUGACACUGCCAUCCGGACCCUCGAAGCCUACCAGAACCUGAAGGCAUCACUAUCACAUCAGCCAGCGAUUUGCUUCAAGGGGAGCCAGGGGUACGUGAAGAUCCCAGCGCCAACUCCUGAGUCUCCAGAUGGAUUCAGAGUCUUCUCGUUUUACCUAUCCAGUGACAGCAAAGACAAGCCUCAGUCCAGCUUCGACUGCAUUCACCAGUAUGUCUCAGGGGAGGGCAGGGAUCACCUGGAGGGCCAAGGCAGCAUUCAGGACAAAAUCACAGUUUGUGCCACGGAUGACUCCUACCAGACAACCCGGGAGCGCAUGUCUCAGGUGGAGAAGGACAUCUGGAGCCGCUCAGCAAUUGAGAUCAAGCCAGGGCCAAGCAAGUGUGUGAAGGUCCAGAGGAAGCAGGGUCUGGUAUCAGGCUCAGAUAGCAGCAACAAGCACUCCCCCAGCAACAAGAGGAGCCUGGUUCCCAGUCCUGUGGCACACCGGCCCUUGAGGGAUCGCAUCAUUCAUCUCCUGGCCUUAAAGCCCUACAAGAAACCUGAGCUGCUACUGUGGCUGGAGAGGGAGCGGGCCACUCCAAAGGACAAGGCUGACUUGACCUCAGUACUGGAUGAGGUGGGUAAACUGAACCCGAAAGACCACAGCUACUCACUGAAGGAUGAGCUCUACAGACACGUCCAGAGAGACUGGCCUGGAUAUGUAGAGGAGGAGAAGCAACUCAUUCAUAGGCUCUUGAUCAGGAAACUACAGCCACUCCACACUAGCCAGUUGAAGAGUCCCCAGUCCAACCAUUCAUUCCACAAAACUCCUGGGGACUCUCCUUCACAUCUCAGUCCUGCCAAGAAUCUCUCAGUGAAACGCCCUUUGGCCUUGGACCCAUCCAACAUUCAAACCCCUAAAAAACAAAAGCUAUUAGACCAGUGUCUGCAGUCACCCUCUCACACAGACUAUGGCACCAACGGUGUUCGUAGCUCCUCUAGUCACGGAAACCCCGGUGUACAGAUUAAAACGGAGUUUGACAAAACCAACAAUCACCUUCACAGGAGCCUCAACGGUCUGUACUCGCCACACAAAGUCACCGGGUCUACUACUAUUCCCAAACUGGAGAGGAUAGAAGCGACUCCUCCUGCACCCAGCCCUAAUCCUUCACACAACGACACCUCCAUUUUCACCGACCAGCAGUUCACCAAUGGCCAGCACAAAAAGAAAAGGUCCAAAAAACACAAAGACAAGGAGCGAGAGCGUUUAAAACCAGACUGGAUAGAGACUAGUCCAGACAUGAAGCAGAAUCAAGAAAAUCUCAAAGGUCAUGAAGGAGGGAAACCACCUGUUAAUCCAACCAUAGAAGAGGAACUGCCUGACUACCUAAUAAAAUACAGCACCAUAACAGCACUGGAGCAGCGUCAGCAGUAUAAUGACGACUUCUGUGCCGAGUACGAUGAAUACAGAGCUCUUCAUGACCGGAUUGGGGCUAUCACAGAGAUGUUUGUUCAGUUGGGCUCAAAGAUCAACACUCUCUCCCCGGGAACACAAGAGUACAAGCUUAUGGAGGACCAAAUAUUACAGAAGUAUCGAAAGUAUAAGAAAAAGUUUCCUGGAUACAGGGAAGAGAAGAAGCGAUGCGAGUACCUCCAUAAGAAACUGUCGCAUAUCAAAGGCCUGAUCACAGAUUAUGACCGAUCACAGGAACUCUCCUAGUGACUGGCCUCUGCCCUCAGCAGGGUGGAAUACAACUGGACCAAAAGACUCAUAAUGGACCAAAAGACUGCCCAGCUGGGUCCUGAAGUCGCUGAGACACUAUUCACUUUACUCCUCGGAGUGUUAAUGGAAUCGAGGAGCGAGGCUGAGACCACCGACUCGUGAUCAAAUGUUACCCUUUAACACUACGGUUUUCAGCUACGAUUAUCGCUGUAACGGCUGGAUUCUGUUCUGCUGUAAAAUGGUCAGAUGACACAGUGAAAGCUGACACAUGAGAUCCUUCCUGCCUAAUUGCAUUUUUAUUAUAUCCUUUACCUUGUCAGAGUAAAAGUGUUGAUUUUUAAGUAUUAAAGUGAUGGUACAAUCAAUCUUAGGGGUAAACAAAUGCUACUAAAGUCUUUAUAUUUAAAUACAGAGGAAUUUCUUUAUUUGCUUUUUCGCUGACAGAAAGUGAAAUGAUGACAUAUUCAAUCACAUCAAAUAUUCAGAAGUUAUAAGUAAAAGAUCACAUAUGGACAGUAAAGAACAGUAUAUCUCUCUUCUGACUGGAUCCUAACUCGUAGCAAAAUUUGUCGAGGACACAAAAGUUCGCGCUCAUAUCUGACAUGAAGCUCUUUAAAGCAUGACGUGCGGAGUUAUUUCACAAUUUCAAAACGUGCUACUUUUUGUUUUCACUCAGAAUUAAUGGUUAGGACAGUUUCUCUGGCUUUUAUUGUAAGGAAUUUUAUCACGUAGCGUUCAACAAAUGUCCUGCUUCAUUUCUGAGAAAUGUUGAAAUGCCACAAAACGACUCCUCACAGUACUGUAACUCUGGUUUCAAAAUAGUGCUCGUGCCCUGUUAGUGUCGAUUUCACCCACAUGUAGCCUACAGAACCAUGAACUGCCUUUUUAUUAUGUCAUAAAAACAGCGUUAUCGACUCAAGCAUCUCUCAAGUCUUUUGGUUUACGGAUAAUGCCGCAUACAGUAAUCACGCCGUGUUUACGCUGUAGAUGAAUAAUUAAACAUCGCUCUAUGAUAGAAAGCUUUUCAAUAUUCCAUUCAGUUUAAAAAGCUUACAGGGUAUUUAUGUCGGUAAUCAGUCUAGUCAGUACACUUUUAUUUACUAUGAUUUUACUUCGCUUAAAGUCUUGAUGAUGUUUAAUGUGGGAUUUUGGUUGAGCAACAAUAAUUCACUUCAGUGUGUGUUACAUUUGGAUGUUAUUCUGCUGAAUGUGAUAGAAAUGCCUUUAACAAAGCCCACAGGGAGGACGGCACUGUGGACCGCUCACUCAGUUAAACCACUUUGGUUCAGUGAGGUGGAAGGAGUGGGCUGACCUUUAGGGGCUGCUAGCGGGGCUUUUAGACUCAUUAGAGACUUUCUUGAGUUGUUUGUACCCAACAAGGUGCAUCUGAUUAACCACAACCUGUAAUUUUUAUUUCACCUUAAUUAGCCGUGGCCUGAUGUAGGAAUUAGUGAUCAAAUUUCAGUGUUCUCUAGACGUUUGCAUCAAUGUAGCUGUAUUCACAACUGUUGUCUUAAUAGUGGCUUAAAAGGAGAGAAUGAAGUUGAUAUUUUUGCCUUAACAUGUACUGUAUGUCAAACAUUUCCAUGGUUCUGGUACCUCUGUUCUGAAAUGUCCUUGGUUUUACCUGCACAGUUCAACGUUCUCACAUUAUUUCUGUAAAUGUCUCUUAGUUUGAAGAAAAGUUUAGUUACUGGGUAGUUGUGCUGUUCUAGUUUUUUUUUUUCAAUUUAUGUCUUAAUCUGUUUUUUUUUUUUGCUUCAUUUGUUGUCUCGUUAUCUGUCAGAUAAUCAUGAACUGUACAGGAAUUUAAUUCACUGUCCAAUCCUAUCAAGCACCUCUAUCAAAAGAAAAAAAUCUUUGCAGAAAUGGUUACAAAUCAACGCGCUCAGUGCAAAUACUCAGUGGUUUUAUUGUCACGUAUUUAGCAGAUCUUUUUGCAAUCAAAUCAACAUUUUACAGUAAGUGCUCUGGUGUGUUUGAAGGAUUUAAGACGAGCAGCCGUUACUCUGUCUUGGCACAUAUAAAAGGAAUAUUGAUCGGCACCAACUAUUGGAACAUUGAUCAUUGUAAGCCCAGGAAGUGUUUGCCAGUUUUGAGUGUUAAAUAUUACCAAAGCUAAAAAAGACGGGAUUUUUAAAGCUUCGGUACAUUUACAGAAGUGUUUUAAUAUUGUCUCAUGACCUCUUAUCGUUAAGAUUCUAACACCUGUGUGCUUUAUUCUGGUACUGGUAGUAAAUAGGUUCACUUGUAUUAAAAGGCAAGAGCACAUUUGUACUUUGCCUAGUAUAUUUUCAUUCAAACCAGAGAGGUACUGAAACAUUUUUGAUCAUCAUUAACGAUGGAACAACAUUUAGAUCAUCAACAGCCUGAAAGUCAAAACAACUGACUUAAAUAUUUCAAUUUAAUGGCUUCCCAUUUACCACUUAAGUAAUACCGAUCAAUUAAAUGUAUCAUGGUUGACACUCUCUGGGCGAAAUAUCCGUCUAAUCACAGGAUGAUAAAGAUAAUUGUGCCAUUUGUGUGUUUUUGGGAUACCACACCCCUGAUAAAAGGGGCUUUUCAAGUGCUAAUUGUCAUCUUUUUUCUUUUUUUAAAAAACUGUUGCAGGAGCUAACUACUGAAGGUGCCUUUUCAUUCACAAAGCAGAGUGAUUCUGCACGUAACUAUUAUUGAUAUUCUGGAAAAAAAAUCAAACAAAAAAAACCCUUUUGGCCAGCAGUAUUUACACAUCUGUAGUUUAACACUGUUGCCACUUUUCAAAGUGCUUUGCUCUUUGUUUCCUGUUUAUCUCAGAUGACUUGUAAAAAAAAAAGUACAAACUGUACUGGCACUGGCUUCUAUUUAAUUUGAUCAUUUUUCCAGCUACGAAAACUGGCCUUGUAAAACUCACAGGCUUUCGAGGACACCGAUCGUCAUUCACUAAAUAUUUGCUUCCAUGUGUAUUUGAAAUAAUGGCCUGGAUUUUGUUUGAAUUUCAAGACCAGCAAACCGUUCCUACAUAUUUCAUACUGUUUGGUUUGUUGGUACUAGAGAAAUUUCCUCCUCAAUGGAAAUGUGAAAUCAAGCGUUUGUUUCUGUUUCAAAUCACUGCAUUUGAUCUACCUAGGAGAACAAAUUUCUUUAUUUAUUGCUUUGUAUGUUUGUUCUUUCAUGGGAUUCAUCUUGGCAUAGUUUGUUCAUUCUUUUCACAGCAAAACUCAAAGUACGGUGAAAGGGAAAUGGAAUAUAUUUUUGCAAUUUUUGAUGGUGGAUGCUUUAUCAUGUCAUCCUCUCAAGAAAAGCUUUCAAAAAAGUGUAUUGUCUCAGUGAAAUUGAAAAAUAAAGCUCUUUUCAAUUCA